GUAUUUAGUUGAGCUGUAAACUUGUUCUUCAACAAUAAAUAAAAGAAAAAAAUGUUCCCUUUUGGAAACAGUAGUAAUGGUGGGAACCCUAUUCUUCACUCCUCUUUUCUUAACAACCAAAUACUUCUUCAUCAACAUGACCUUCCUACUCAUCAUCAUUACUUAGCAGCCGCAAAUGGUCACUCAAUCGACUCGUAUGCAACUAACAAUGUCGCCAUCAACAACAAGAGUAAAAAACAAGUGAAAAAGGAUCGGCACACUAAGAUUUUGACAUCACAAGGGCAUAGGGAUCGGAGGGUGAGGUUGUCGAUAGGGGUUGCUCGUAAGUUCUUUGAUUUGCAAGACAUGCUUGGUUACGAUAAACCAAGUAAAACCCUUGAUUGGCUAUUCACCAAGUCUAAAUUAGCCAUUGAAGAUCUCAUCAACGAUGUGUCAAAGAAGAGUACUCCUUUAUCUAUUCAUAAUAAUAAUAAUAAUAACAAUUCGGAAUGUGAUGAGGAUAUGAUUGUUCCUCUUGCAAAAAAAGCAAAGCAAGAGAGAGACUCAAGGGCAAAGGCUAGAGCAAGAGCUAGAGAAAGAACUAUUAAGAAAAUUUGGACCCAAAUUGCUCCGAAUAGAGAAGCUACAGCUUCACAUUACAAUAAUUCGACACGAAAUUGGAAUCAUGACGAUGUUAAUCCAACAAUCAUGAGUUCCAUGGAUGCAUCUACCAUUUGUUGUACCUCAUUACCGAUAGUUCAGAAAGCAUGGGAUUCAUACCACGGAAGCCAAAUCUGAAGGGAACAGCGUAAGCUAGCUAAUUAAGCAUUCCUGUUUAAUUUUCUAGGUUUGGUACAACUAUAAAAGUGCCCUUUAUGUGUUUUUGUUUUUCCAAUUUCUCUCCAAGUCUUUGUGUACUUACUUGUAAACUUUGUUUUUGUAACUCAACUUUAUAUCUAUGCAUCAACCAGUACACCAAAAGUUUUACAA